CUCGCCUGCUGUGGCUCCUCCUGACCAGUGCGCUGCUGCGUCCGUCCGACUGAACCGAGCUCAUAGCUGCUUCCACACCCAGGUUCCUCCUAUUGCCAGGAUGACGCUCCUCGACUACCCCGUUCCAGACCUGGACGUGACUGUGGAGGAGGUGAGCCGUGUGCUGCAGCUCAUCCUCCAUCCUGACCUGUACGCUGAGUUCAAGAGCAGCCUGCAGCAGCAGAGGGAGGUCCUCCAGGGAGCCCAGCAGAAGGUGGUGGCUGGCGCUGCUGGCCAGGAGAACUGGGUGACCCAGCAGUUCAAGAGAAGCCUGCUGGCCUGCCCGGACCCACUGCUGACCUCCACCGCCCUGCCAGUGGUGCUCCUGCCAUCCAAGGCCGAGGCCUGCACCCAGCUGGCCAGAGCUGCGGCUCUUCUGUGGGCGGCGGCUCGACUGUACGGUGAGCCCACCCUGUUGGAGGGCGACGCACUGAUGGAGCACACACAACAAUCCGAGGUCUUUGCCUCGUGCCGGAUCCCGGGCAGGUUCCAAGAUCAGAUCCAGGUCUACCCAGGCAGCCUCCACGCCAUCGUCACCUGCGGCGGCGGCGUGUUUCCCAUCGACAUACUGUGCUCCAACGACGGUGGACCGACGUCGGCACGGCCAUUCGCAGACAUCCACAACCAGCUGCUGCAAGUGCUGGACCAGCCCGGCGCCGGGAAGCAGGAGAAUCCAGCCUGCAUCUGUAGUCUCUCUGCCAUGGAGCGCCGGUCCUGGGCUGCCAUCAGGGAGAGGAUGGUGGAGCAAGGCGGGGCGGCGGCAGCGGCCCUGCAACUCAUGGAGAGUGCCGUCCUGACGCUGUGUCUGGAGGAUGGGGACGCUCCCACUGAACUGGCCGACACACUCAACGUGGUGAGGCUGGGACGAGGAGGAGGCACUUCCUGUCUGCGAUACUAUGACAAGGUGGUGAACCUGGUGGUCUUCAAGGACAGCACAGCCGGGAUGGUGUUUGAGCACUGUGCUGUGGAUGGGAUGGUGGCCGGCCUGGUCAGCGAGCGCUUGUAUCAGCUGUCGGAGACCCUUGACCUCGCCUCCAUCUGCGCUGAGGGAGAAAGAGCCAACGCCUCCGUCGCAGGCUUUCCUCCCACACGUCUGAAAUACACCCUGCAGGGGAUGGAUGUUCCCAAGCCAAUCCAAAAUCUCAAAGCAACAAAUCCAGUCCUUGCGUUUGACCUGCCAUCGUUCCCCGAUGUCUUCUCCACUCUCCGGGGCCACAGAGGCCUUUAUGAUGCUUGGAUCAACUUCUCCUUGCAACUGUCUCUCAAACAAACUCUGGGUGAAUCUGCCAACCAGCACAUCCUCGUCACCCCGACACAUAUGCGCCACUACAAGCACGGCCGCUGUGACCCCACAUACUCACUGAGUCGGCCAUGUCGCCAGCUGGUCAGCGUCUUGGCCUCGGGAAUCUCCCCGGACAACACCAUCAAAUACACGGACGACCUGCUGCACAUGUUUCACUCUGCGUUUCUGGAGCACAAAAACCUCAUCAAACGCACCAAAUGCGGUCAUGGAGUUGGUCCCCACCUUGCUGCCCUGCGCCGAGCUCUGCCGCCCGGUAAUCCCCUGAAGAAGUUUCUGGACCCAUUUGGAUGCCCCUCUGUGUAUUUGACCGGAACAGACCUGGUGGACGGUGUUGAAUCUGGAGUCGGGAACGUGUAUGCUUCAGAUCAGCUGGCUGUGACCUACCUGGGGAAAACCGACAGAGUCCGAGUCGUGCUCAAUGCCAAGGGCAGCUUUGCUCUGGUGCUGGGCAAGCUCCAAGAAGCUCUACAGUUGAACCUAAAGCUCGUCAUGCUUCUGGCUGUCAGGUACGCCAUCGUCUGUCAGAUGGGGGCGCUGGACUGUGUUCUCAAAAGGAGUCAUAAAGAGGUGGCAUUUGGCGAGCUCAAUCACUGCGCUAACAAUCACAAGCGAGCACCUCAGUCUACCACAGACAGGAGCUCCGCAUACACCCUGCUGAUCCACGGCGGCGCCGGAGAGGAGACGUUGCUGAACCCACAUGUGGUUGGGGUUGUUGAGUUCGCUUUGCAAACGGCGCUGUCUCUGGGGUCUGAGGUUCUGGAGCACAGUGGCAGCAGCCUGGACGCGGUGCAGAGGUCAGUGGAAGCUCUGGAAGACUGCUUCCUCUUCAACGCCGGCAAAGGAUCAGUCUUCAACAAGGAAGGCAAAAACGAAAUGGAAGCCGCCAUCGUGGACGGCACCACGUCCAGGUGCGGGUCCGUGGCUUGCGUCACGAGCGUGAAGAACCCAGUGAGAGCUGCCAGAUGUGUCAUGGAGAAGAGCUCCCACUCGCUGAUUGUAGGAGACGGUGCGGAAGAGUUUCUGCAGGGGGCGAAGCCCAACGACAAGCCGGUGGGACCGGACUACUUCUACACCGAUAUCCGCCACAAACAGCUGAUGGCAAAGCUCAGCGAGGUGAAGAACCCCAGGAACAAUCACCCUCAAACUGUUGGAGCCGUGGCAGUAGACCACUGUCUGGGGCUGGCAGCGGCGUCAUCCACCGGUGGGCUUGUGGGGAAGCUGAGGGGGCGGGUCGGUGACACGGCAGUGGUUGGGGCCGGGAUAUACGCCGACGACAAGCUCGCCAUCGCCUGCUCAGGAGACGGAGACGUCUUCCUGAGGUACACGGUUGCCCAUAAGAUCGCCAGCCUCUACCAUCACAAGGGCUACCGUCUGAAGGAGGCCUGCAGAGAGGUGGUCAGGGAAACCCUGAAAGGGGUCUGUGCAGGAAUCAUCGCUGUGGACCUCAAAGGUGAAGCCGUGAUCGAAACUAACGCUGCGGUGAUGUUUGUGGCCUCAAGAGUGGAUGGGGCUUCGCAUGUAGAAGUUCUGAAGCCUGCAAGGAGCUUCUCCAACGUGAUCUGGGAGACAGAUGAACAUGUGGCCUUCCUUGACCCAAAACCCUGGAUACCAGGAUCCAGCAUUUUGACUCGAAAAGCUCUGAGUGGGCCCAGCAGCAUCUUCCACACCCCUCCAGCUGAAUUUGUACUUUUGCUGAAGGAGGCCAAAACUGUGGCGAAGCUUCUCUGUAAAACCCUGGAAGUCCAGCGCUGCGCUUUAGUUUGCAACCCGAAGCGCGACCAGCAGGCCCAGAUGAAGCUCAUUCCUCUUCAUGGUCUGGGCAAGAAGUGGCAACCCCAUCUUUCCAGCCAAAAAGAAUUUCAUCCAUACAAUCCAGGCUACUGCACCUCCAAAAACGGCCCCCGUUGGGACGAUGAAGCUCUGAGCCGGGUUCAAGCCCAAAUUCGAAGUGGCCUUCCAACACCCAACGCACCACCCUGCUUUGAUUUCUUCGGAGAUCCGUCUGACAGCAACCUAUUCAGCCGCAUUGUGAGAGGGGAGGAGCCUCAGUGGCGAGUGUGGGAGGACGCGCAGCACGUGGCCUUCCUGACACCCUUCCCAAACACUCCUGGGAAAACCGUCGUGGUCCCGCGUAAACCCCUGGCCAGUGACGUCUUCGCACUUGAGGACGCCGAUUACCAAGCUCUCAUUUUGGCCACGUACAAAGUGGCCAGACUACUAGAGAGUGGUCUGGGGGCCACAGGCGUGGCUCUGAUCUUUGAGGGUCUGGAGAUCAACUACGCCCACGCCAAGCUGAUUCCACUGCUCCUUGCACCCAGUGGAAGCAACGUUGCUGAGAAGCAGUUGGAGUGCUUCAAGACUUACCCUGGAUUUGUGUCAUCACUGGACGGACCACCAGCGGAGCCAGAGAGCCUGGAGAAGAUCCACUCUCAAAUCACAGAGUGCCGCCCUCCGUCCUCGUGGGGAGACCCCCCCUCCCACUCCACCGUGGCCAUCAAGAGCCAGUGGUACCGAAACCUGUUCCAGAUUCAAAACACACUCUUCCACAGCACGGUGGAGUUCUUCCACGGUUCAUGCCGCUUCUCCUACGCGCUCACUCCUCUGACCACCGACACCAUCUCCUCACCCAUGGGCCUGGGGUCCGACUCGGAGCCCGUGUCUGUCAACCUGCUGGGUCAGGACAUCUACCUUGCGGACUCCAUGCAAUUCAUCCUGGAGUAUUUCCUGCGCUUCCAGGAGAACCUGCAGGGCACCUACUACAUCUCUCCCAGUUUUCGAGGGGAGGACCCAGACGCCACGCACCUGAACCAGUUCUAUCACGUGGAGUGUGAGCUGCUGGGCGACAUGGAUGAUGCCAUCUCCACUGCAGAGAGCUACCUGGCUCACCUGACCAAGGCCAUGUUGCAGAAACACUCUGACAUCAUACUGAAGACGGCUGGGACUCUGGAGCAUGUGAGCGCCUUGUUGGCCAAGCUGGAUGGGAGACGUCCUCUGCCCCGGGUCCCUCUAGAUCAGGCCAUUCCCAUGAUGCCCUCUGCUGACUGUGUGGAGUGGGUACAGGAGGGGCAGCCGAUGUUCGGCAGGAAGCUCACACGCAAGGGGGAACGUGUCCUGAUCCAGAAAUACGGCGGAGCAGUGUGGCUGACCGAGAUGGACCACCUGGGCGUGCCGUUCUACCAGGCCUACGUGGCGGGUACUGGGCACAACAAAGCCAAGGCUGCUGACCUUCUGCUGGGUCUGGGGGAGACGCUGGGUCUCGGGGAGCGUCACUCCACCCCUGAGAUGGUGCAGGAGGCUCUGCGACAUCACGCAGUUCCUGAACAGUCGUACAAGUGGUACAUCGACAUGCGGCGGGUGAAGCCACUGCUGACCAGCGGCUGGGGCAUGGGAACAGAGCGCUAUCUGUGCUGGCUGCUGCAGCACAGUGACGUCAGAGAUAUGCACAUCAUUCCAAGAAUGAAAGGAGCUAAAUACAUGCCCUGACACAAAUCCUGAAAAGAAUCCUCACCUUCCCAGUGUCUUUGGUGUAUUUUUAUUUGG